AUGAGUCGGACCGAGGCCGAUCUGGCCAUCAAUAUCCGAAAGGCGACUAGCAUUGAGGAAACUGCGCCUAAACGAAAGCAUGUGCGGAGCUGCAUUGUGUACACGUGGGACCACAAAUCGUCAGCGGCCUUCUGGGCGGGCAUGAAAGUACAGCCCGUCCUCGCCGACGAGGUCCAGACGUUCAAGGCGCUCAUCACGAUCCACAAGGUUCUCCAAGAAGGCCAUCCUAUCGUCGUUCGGGAGGCCCAGCAGCAUUCCAACUGGAUCGAUAGCUUGAUGAGAGGCGUGGGGGGAGACGGUAUUCGAGUGGACGGAGAUGUUGACAAUGCUGGAAUAGGAUACGCCCCCCUUAUUCGCGAAUACGUCUACUUUCUUGAGUCGAAGCUGAACUUCCACCGCAACCACCCCGAAUUCAAUGGUUUGUUCGAGUAUGAGGAAUACAUUAGCUUGAAGACUAUCAAUGAUCCGAAUGAGGGCUACGAGACUAUUACCGACCUCAUGACUUUGCAGGAUCAGAUCGAUGCUUUCCAGAAGCUUGUCUUCUCGCAUUUCCAAUCGGGUACUAACAAUGAAUGCCGAAUCUCCGCCCUGGUGCCCCUGGUGCAGGAGAGCUACGGUAUCUACAAGUUCAUUACUAGCAUGCUGCGAGCAAUGCACACAACGACUGGUGAAGAUGAAGCUCUUGAGCCGCUCCGGGGCCGUUACGAUGCUCAACACCACCGCCUUGUUCGCUUCUACUACGAAUGCUCCAACUUGCGCUAUUUGACCAGCCUUAUCACAAUCCCAAAGCUGCCACAGGACCCGCCAAGCUUGCUUGGCGAUGACGAUGAGCGUCCAGCUCUACCAAAGCGCCCGACAAAGGAAAUUGAGCAUCAACCCUCGCCUCCACCCAAGGUGACAGCGGAGCCAGAGCCGAUUAGCGACUUCUGGACCAACGAGGCUAGACGCCAGCAAGAAGAGUACGAGGCAGAGCAAGCCCGCCUGCAGCAGCAAUGGAAUGACCAGCAACGGCAGCAGAUGCUUGCCCAGCAGCAGGCUCAGCGUGAUUUUGAGGAGCAGCAGCGUCUGCAGGCCGAACAGCAACGUUUGGCACAAGAGCAGCUCCUCCGAGACCAGUACUCGACACAGACACAGGGCCGUCUCGCCGAGCUGGAGCAGGAGAACCUAAAUGCUCGGGCUCAGUACGAGCGUGACCAGCUGAUGCUGCAACAGUACGACCGCCGUGUCAAGGAUCUGGAGGAGCAGAUGAACCAGCUGAACUCGAACCUGAACAUGCAGAGUGCCUCCAAGGAUGAACAGAUCCGGGCUUUGCAAGAACAGGUCAACACUUGGCGGUCCAAGUAUGAGGCCUUGGCCAAACUCUACUCCCAGCUGCGACAGGAGCACCUGGAUCUUCUACAGACCACCAAGAGCCUGAAGCUUAAGGCGGCUUCUGCGCAAGAGGCCAUUGAUCGUCGCGAGAAGCUGGAACGCGAGCUUAAGACGAAGAACCUGGAGCUGGCCAAUAUGAUCCGGGAGCGUGACCGUGCCCUGCAUGACAAGGACCGUGUGUCCGGUACCAACAAGGAUGAGCUGGAGAAGGUCAAACGGGAGCUCCGUAUGGCCCUGGAGCGCGCCGAAAAUGCUGAGCGGUCAAAGGGCACAGAAAUUUCCUCUAUGCUGUCCAAGUACAACCGCGAGAUGGCUGAUCUCGAGGAGGCUCUUCGGAACAAAACCCGAGCUCUUGACGACAUCUCCAGCCGUAACAACGAGCGGUCGGGAGACCAUGACCUGGCUCUCCGCGAGAAAGACGAGGAGAUUGAGGUGUACAAGUCUGGCAUGGAGCAGGCUCUGAUGGAACUGGAGGAGCUGAGGCUGAGCCAAGGCGAUGUCGACCAUGCUUUGGAUAGCCAGAUUGAUACUGUGCUUCACGGCACUGUGGCCAAGAUCAACGAUAUUAUCGACUCUGUGCUGCAGACUGGUGUACAGCGUGUGGAUGAUGCCCUGUAUGAGCUGGACUCAUCCAUGCAAGCCGGUAACCAGAAUGCCUCGCCGCCUUACGUGCUGUCGCAGAUUGAGAAGGCCUCGGCCUCUGCCACCGAGUUCUCAACCGCUUUCAACAACUUCAUUGCCGAUGGCCCCAACAGCCCUCAUGCCGAGAUCAUCCGCACUGUGUCUGUGUUCUCGGGCUCCAUUGCCGAUACCCUAAGCAACACCAAGGGUCUGUCUCGGUUCGCAAAUGACGACAAGGGCUCCGACCUGUUGUUCAAUGCAGCCCGCAAGUCCGCUCAGGCCACUGUCCGCUUCUUCCGGGGCUUGCAGUCCUUCCGCCUCGAGGGCAUGGAACCGUUGCAGAAGACUGACGUGGUUAUCAACAACAACCUGGAGGUUCAGCGAGACCUGCAGGCUCUGUCGAAGAUGGUUGAGUCCUUCCAGCCGAAGAGCAGCAAGAUCGCUACCAAUGGCGACCUCGGCGAUCUAGUGGACCAGGAACUGCUCAAGGCCGCUGAUGCCAUCGACGCCGCCGCCCAGCGCUUGGCCAAGCUCAAGAACAAGCCCCGCGAUGGCUACUCGACGUAUGAGCUACGCAUCAACGACGCCAUCCUGGCGGCUGCCAUUGCUGUGACCAACGCCAUCGCCGAGCUGAUCAAGGCCGCCACAGAGUCGCAGCAGGAGAUUGUGCGCGAGGGCCGCGGCAGCUCCACCCGCACGGCCUUCUACAAGAAGAACAACCGCUGGACCGAAGGCUUGAUCUCAGCCGCCAAGGCCGUCGCCACAUCCACCAACACCCUGAUCGAGACCGCCGACGGCGUCAUCUCAGGUCGCAACUCUCCUGAACAGCUUAUUGUCGCCUCCAACGAUGUCGCCGCUAGUACCGCCCAGCUCGUUGCUGCCAGCCGUGUCAAGGCUACUUUCAUGAGCAAGACCCAGGAUCGACUGGAAACGGCCAGCAAGGCUGUCGGCGCCGCAUGCCGCGCCCUUGUGCGACAGGUGCAGGACAUCAUCAAGGAGAAGCACCGCGACGACAACGAGGCGGAGGACUACGCGCAACUGAGCUCGCACGAGUUCAAGGUCCGCGAGAUGGAGCAACAGGUCGAGAUCCUCCAACUCGAGAACAACCUUGCUCGUGCUCGCACACGCCUCGGCGAGAUGCGCAAGAUCUCAUACCAGGAGGACUAA